GUGCCCUGUUUACUGAUUUGGAUGUGCGUGUGUAAUCCAAGUUCCUUUUUUUUUUAUUUGGUGCUGUUUAUCCUAAUCAGGUACAUAUUUUAUUGGUUAAAAAAUGGUUGUAGCCUCCACAGAAGAAGAGCAACGGCAUUCCAUGCUACAUCAUGACGAUCUGGCUCAGCAAAUCAACAACAUGGAACCUCUGGCAGUUGGCGAUCAACGACUCGAGAGAAAAAUAGGUUGGAUUCAAGGUUCUAUGGUCAAUGUGAGCUAUAUCAUCGGAGCAGGUAUAUUCGUUGGACCCGCCCUUACCUUGCAGCUUGUUGGAUCAGGUGGAAUGAAUCUCAUCAUAUGGUUCAUUGGUGCUCUUGUCGCUUUUUCCGGUUCCUACACUUUUAUGGAACUGGGAACAAUGCUUCCUCGUAGUGGAGGGGAAGUAGCUUAUUUAGAAUACUGUUAUCGAAAGCCCAAAUACCUUUUGGCCUACCUUUUCACUUAUUGGAGCUUGAUGAACAGAUCUAGUGGGGUAGCUUCACAAGGAAUUGUGUUUGGCGGGUACAUUAAUUACGCUAUCUUUGGGCCAAACUUUAAAUCACAUUGGAUAGAAAGAGGAUGGGCAUUCUUGAGUGCAACGAUUUAUACAGCAAUCAACAUAUUUUCAACUAAAGGGACUAUGAAAAUGCUAGCAGUUUUGACAAUUGUGAAGCUUCUCGUAUUAGGCCUCAUUGCAAUUAUUGGUUUACUUGUGCUUACGAAGGUCAUUCCGUCUGAUGUCAAUGUCAGUCUCAAUCUAUCAUUCUUCAGCACUUCAACUACAGCUGGUCCCUACGCGUCAGCAUUAUAUUAUGUGAUGAACAGCUAUAGUGGCUGGCAUAAUUUAAACUUCAUUUUAGAUGAAGUCAAGGAUCCAAUUAGAAAUUUACCGAAAGCCUCUGCAGUCGCUUUGUUGACUACUGCAGUUCUGUACCUUUUAACGAACAUCGCUUAUUUGGUGGUACUGCCUCUGGAAAUAAUGAAAAGUUCUGAAUUCAUUGUCGCUGCAGCAUUCUUUAAACGCUCUUUGGGUGAGAAUUUUGCAUCUACGGUUCUGCCCAUUUGUAUAAGCCUCAGUGCUUUCGGUUGUGGUGCUGCAAUUAAUUUUUCAGGCGGACGAGUUGUGAUGGAAGUUGCAAGGCAAGGUCUAUUACCUUACGGCGAUAUAUUGGGGAGGGUUAACGCGAAAAUUGGUAGUCCAGUCAGCGCUUACUUGUUGCAAUAUGCUUUGUCUAUAUUAUUUAUUGUUGGCCCCCCACCAGGAGCAGUUUAUCAAUUUAUUGUCGCGUUUACUGGUUACCCUGUCUAUGUCUUUUACUUCUUAAUGGCCUUAGCUGUAUUCAUUUUACGAAAGCGGGAGCCUCAUAGUAGCAGGCCCAUAGCUGCCCCUCUAGUAUGUGUCUCUAUUUUCUUAUGUUUUACAGCAUAUGCUCUCGUCUUUGUCUUCAUCCCUGUUGAAAACGCGUACUAUCCUUAUUGGCUCCCUUAUAUUUCAGCCAUAUUCUUCAUGAUAGUCUGUACAGGAGUUUGGUAUUAUCAAAUUAUUGUUAAAGAUACCCCAAGCAAAUCAUAUAAUGAAUCUAUUAGAAAUCAAGGCCAUGCCGCUUUAGAGCAAGAAGUUUAUGGACAAUAUACAAGAGUUCCUAGAGAGGAAGAAUUAUAGAUGCUCAAGUUUGGUGCUAACUUCAAGGAAAAUGACUCUCACUUUCUCAAUUUGACUCAAUUUUAGACUUGACUUAUUGUAAUUUCUUCUUUAUCUACUGCAAUGAUUGAAGCUCUGAUCUUUAUGAAUAGUGGGAUCUUGUCGACAUACCAUUUAUUGCUUCUUCAAUUUGAGAGGAGAGUCAAAUUAGCUCAAUUUCACUAUCUUUGCAAUAAAAUUGCGCUUAAAAAAUUGGAUCUAG